GCCGAAUACUGGCGUCGACUUUAGUAAACUUCCCUAGCAACACUUUCUCGCUUGUUGUCUCGAUGCGGACUGGCCUGUGCGUUUGCAGGGGUCAUGAUGGGUCCAACAAUAAUGACACAACUCGGUUGCUGCAGGCAGUCUUUAUGAGUCGAAGUCUUAUUAUUGCUUCAAGUAGAGGCUUUUUCUGGUCCUGUCAACAUCAAAGCUAUUUCCCCAAAGAGGAUAACGAUGUAACGCCAAUGGUCCAGCAUGACUACAUCUUGGUGAACCCUGCAAUCUUGGGGCACGUCGACUAUUCCCGUUCGAUGAUGCAAAUGGCUGUCCUUGUCCACCUAGCGAUUUCGGUAUAGUACAGGGCACGGUAGUGUCUGUAUGCCUGCAGGUUGCUGGGUAUAACUACUCCGUAGUAUAGCCCCUUUGCCACGUCUAGGACUUUGGAAACAGACAUCUGUGUGGCGAUUCAUCCUUAUUACUAGCAUCUUUCAAAGAACAGGUGCGUCGUUCAUUGGACCAUUUGCAUUCUUUGAUACGUGUCCGACACGACAUUCGUACUUUUGCUGUCGUCGGCCAGGCUGUGCCUGUGGAGGACAGGGGACGGUAUCAGGCCUGACUUAGUCUCAGGCUUCAGCAUUGCAGAUAUCCGCUUGGUGGAGCGGCAUAAAGUCCUUGUAAGGGUUUGAGGCAGGCUCAUGGUCGUGGCUUCAUAGCUUCUCACAGUCAGUCGACAAGCAUUUGUUGCUGAUAGACUGCCACGCUUUUACUUGGAGUCUUGCAUUGUUAUGGACGAGAGUCGAUCUGGAAAAUCCCCUGCAUACGAUCAGCCAUCAAACGAAGAAGAGCGCCGGAGAACAUCUGGUUCUGGGACACCCACCGUGCAUCGAAGGUCGUCCGAGAGAAGCUCACACGACAACCGACAGAGAAGUCCUCUCACCUUCGAGCCUGAGAUUAUCCUAGAAAAUUUUGCCUUUGAGGACACAGAUCCUUGGAGUGACCGUCGAUCCACAAGCCGAAGUCCGCAAAGCACUGGACGGUGGUCGCCUGUAAAGCAAGACAAGGGCAAAGACAAAGAACGAGCAAUGAGUAGCGGAGCGGGAGGAUCGUUGCAAUCUGGCAGGGACACCACGAGCUCUCCCAGGAAUGAGCGAAGAGCCGAGCCAUCGAGAACGAACAGCGCAACUAACACCAAUGUAUCCCGACAAGGAUCAGAAGGGGCAAGAAGCCAAGGCAAUGAGAGAAGCGAUCAGCGCACAGGCAGUGGCAGUGGCAGCAAUCGAUCAAGGCUGGUGUCGGGGGUUUUUGUGAGAUAUUGAUGGACGGGGGUCGCAGAGUCACCCGGAUGACAUGCUUCAUGAUACUCCUCUUCGCUUUUAUAAGCACGAGAUAUACCUGUAUUCUUAGUCAACUCCUUGCGUAAGAGAUAUUAAUACGAUGUAUUGCUCUGGA